GUGUUGGGGUUACAGAUGUGCGUCACCAUUCCUGGCUUUUGGCUGCCCUUCUUCUUUGCUGUUUCCUAUUGUUGGCCCAGGCUUCCUUUGUGCUCAAACCCAUUGAUCCUCUAAGAUGUUGCCUUAUUACUGUGUUAUCUUCCUUGGUACUUUUCAGUCCUUUUGGUUUGAGAACUCCUUUGCUACUCUUUGACUGCAGUGACUUGUGACACAUCUUUGGUUCCUGUCCCUGCCAAUUGACUACAUGUUCCUGCUCUGGUUUUGUCCCUAGUCUAUCUUCAGUCACAGGCUGGAGGAUGCAGCUGAAUCCUUCGCUGCAGGCCGUGAGCGCCGUGGCCAGUCGUGGCCAGCCGGCGGGCACCAUGGCCGCGCCAGAGUCGUGGCGGCCGCGCUUGUGUCGCCUGGUGCGGGGCGAGCAGGGCUACGGCUUCCACCUGCACGGCGAGAAGGGCCGCCGCGGGCAGUUCAUCCGGCGAGUGGAGCCUGGCUCCCCCGCCGAAGCAGCCGCACUGCGCGCUGGGGAUCGCCUGGUUGAGGUCAACGGCGUCAACGUGGAGGGCGAAACGCAUCACCAGGUGGUACAGAGGAUCAAGGCUGUGGAGGGGCAGACUCGGCUGUUGGUGGUGGACAAGGAGACAGAUGAGGAGCUCCGUCGGCGACAGCUGACCUGCACUGAGGAGAUGGCCCAUCGAGGGCUUCCACCAGCCCACAGCCCCUGGGAGCCAAAGUCUGACUGGGCACGCUCCAGCAGCCUUGGUUCUGAUACUGGCCAGAAGGAUGUCAAUGGGCCCCCAAGAGAGCUGCGCCCUCGGCUUUGCCACUUGCGAAAGGGACCCCAGGGCUAUGGGUUUAACCUGCACAGUGACAAGUCUCGGCCUGGCCAAUACAUCCGCUCUGUGGACCCAGGCUCACCAGCUUUCCAUUCUGGCCUCCGUGCUCAGGACCGGCUCAUUGAGGUGAACGGGCAGAAUGUGGAGGGGCUGCGCCAUGCAGAAGUUGUUGCUAGAAUCAAGGCUCGGGAGGACGAGGCCCAGCUGCUGGUGGUAGACCCUGAGACUGAUGAGCACUUCAAGAGGUUGCGGAUCACACCCACUGAAGAACAUGUAGAAGGUCCACUACCAUCACCAGUCACCAAUGGAACCAGCCCUGCUCAGCUCAGUGGUGGCUCAGUGUGCUCAUCCCGGAGCAACCUGCCAGGCUCAGACAAGGACAAUGAGGAUAGCAGUGCCUGGAAGCGAGACCCCUUUCAGGAGAGUGGCCUCCACCUGAGUCCUACAGCAGCUGAAGCCAAGGAGAAGGCUCGAGCCACACGGGUCAACAAGCGGGCACCACAGAUGGAUUGGAACCGGAAGCGAGAGAUCUUCAGUAAUUUCUGAGUCCUUCCUAGUGGGCCUCCUCAUGCACAGACCUCAGGCCUGUCUAGAGCUCCCUAAGCCUCAGUGGACUGGAGGGUCGUAUCAUGGCCACCCAAAAACCAACCCAUGCCCCCCAUGAACCCUUGCCUUGCCCCCUGUCCACUGGGUGCUGGGGCUGUUGAAACAAGAUGGGGGAAGAGAGAGACUCAGAGAUGAGAGAGACAGAGAGAGAGAGAGAGAGAGAGAGAGAGAGAGAGAGAGAGACAGAGACAGAGACAGAGAGACAGAGAGACAGAGAAACAGAGAGACAGGGAGGGAGGAGCUGUGCACAGUCCUCCACCAAGGGCCUUUGCUGUUCUGCCUCAGGCCUGCUGACUGAAAGGAAUUUGUGUUUUUGCCUUUUUUUCCAAAAAGAUCUCCAGCUCCACACAUGUUUCCAGUUAAUACUGGAGCCCCCUUCCCCCAGCCCCUUGGGGCUUGCUCUCUAAAUAAUUGCAAUAAAAUGAACCUUUCUUUGCAAACCCUUUCUUCCCCAGCCCAUCAGCAGCACCAUCCUGAGCAGAGUAAAGGGACUUCAGGGAAAAAACAGCCAGAGGCCCUCAGGCUCAUGGGGCUUUAGGGUUAGGCUAUUGAGGCUAGCUGUGUCUGGAGGAGCUAUCCCUCUGCUCCACCCCUGGUAUGGGAUGGUCCCCAGGCUGGGCCUCUACUCUCUGCUAACUACCACUGUCUCCACUGGGUCUGGAAUGCAGGGCCUGGGCUCUCUGAGGGGCCAGAGGAUGGAGGCCCCUGUGACUCUCAAGAGGGUAGCCUCUGGACAGGCCUCUUAUCCUGCAUAUAACUCUGGGACCUGGAGAUUAUAGAUAUGUGAGAGCCACCCCCGAGAAGGACCCUGGGCUAUUGGGCCUGACCACUGCCUUAUGCCUACCUGGUAUCCACCCUCAUGGACAUCCUGUCAACUCUGCCUUUUCCUCAGUGACCUGAACUCCCUAAUCUGACUGACUGGCACUGCUGUCUGCCUUGUAAGCCAUAGCGCAUGUGCGCCCUCAAAUUAAACAGGCCUUGCCUUGAACCCUG